AAAGCAUGUAAAUCUCACGCGCUCUAGAUUUUGUUGUUCUCUGUAGAUAUCAUCACCAGUCACCAGCGAUGUCGUCCCUAACGAAGAAGAGGAAGUCUCCGACAACGAAGACGAAGACACAGUCUCUUACGGUUAGUGAGCAUCUCGAGAAACCGUCUCUUCCAUAUGAUCUGGUCGUGAGCAUCUUAGCCCGUGUCUCGAGAUCGUAUUACACAAAUCUCUCCUUAGUCUCCAAAAGCUUCAGAUCGAUCCUUGCUUCACCAGAGCUUUACCAAACCCGAAACCUCUUAGGUCGAACAGAGACUUUUCUCUAUGUUUGCUUACGCUUCCCUGAUGAAGCUAACCCUCGCUGGUUCACUCUCUACCGGAAGAAACCUAAUCAAACCCUAACCAAGAAGAAGAAGAAGACGAAGAGAGAGGAUUCAAGUGUUUAUCUUUUGGCUCCAACGCAGAUUCUUGACUCUCCUCAUGAGGAAUGGUCAAGUCUUAUCGCUGUUGGUUCUUAUCUUUACGCCAUUACUGCAGCCAUUCACGAUUCUCCAUGCUCUAACGUUUGGUUCCUUGACUGUCGAACUAACACUUGGCUUGAAGCUCCAAGAACGAGACUGGCUCACACCAAUAGUGGCUUUGAUGGGAAAAUGUAUUUGGCAGGUAGCUCUGAGAGUCCAGGUUCUUUGAACUGUGUUGAGGUGUACAACACAGAGACUCAAGCUUGGAAUCCAGUACCGUCCAGAAAACGAAUAUUCGAAUACGAAAACAUGGAAGGAAAGAUUUACUUGAACCUUACUCUAGAUGCUACUAAUACUAAGGAGGAUGUGGCUUUAAAGCCAAAGGUUUGGACAUGGGAAACGGUAGGAUUGGAUACUCAGUUGGGUUCUGUUUGUAUGAUAGAUAACAUAGCCUUUCAUUACGACCCUCGUGUAAAGUUUAUAUGGAAGAAAAAUAAAUCUGAGGGAGGAGGGAUUUGGAGAAGAUUAAAAGGUUUAGAAGGGCUACCUAAGUUUGCUAAUUACAGUACUGUUAAGUUAGCGGAUUAUGGUGGUAAGCUGGUUGUUUUGUGGGACAAGUAUUUGGCUUCAAGUGGGUAUAAGGAGAAGAUGAUUUGGUGUGCAGAGAUUUCACUUGACAAACGCAACACUGAAGAGAUUUGGGGGAAGGUUGAGUGGUUCGAUGCGGUUCUUACAGUCCCUAAGUCUUAUAAGUUCGUGUGUGCCAAAUCUGCUACUGUUUGACAGAAAUUUCACUUGACAAACGCAAUGUUGAAGUGAUUCGGGGGAAGGUUGUGUGGUUCGAUGCGGUUCUUACAGUCCCUAAGUCUUAUAAGUUCAGGUGUGCCAAAUCUGCUACUGUUUGACUGGUUUGAAUGUAAUAGUGAAU